AUGAGGGACAGAGUGGAGUGGAGCAGAGAAGGACAGAGAGGAGCAGAGUGGGACAGGGUGGAACAGAUUGAAACAGAGUGGAACAGAUGCCAAGGAGAUAAAAGGGAAACAAGAGGGCCACACCUGCCUCUGGAAUCAAGUCAGAGCUGCCCCUCGCCCCCUGGGAGAAUGAGACUGCCCCAUGUCCUUGGCAGAACAGAGACCAACGCUGUUACCCUGCCAGUGACCCGUCAGGCCAGGGGCGUGCCUCUAAUUAAAGGGCCGGAAUCAGUAAGCACAGUGGGCGUGCCGUGGACGUAUGGGCGUGUGGCACAACUUCCCAGGCGAGGAGCGCUUGUCCCGCGGCUGGACCUGAGGCUGAGGCGCGGUCUCAUCGACACAAGAGAACGUGAUGAGGAGAAUGAGCGUAAGGAGUUGCUGGGUGUGGCCUUCAGUAGGAUAAUGAGGAUGGAAGCUGGCAGUGGUGACCACAUCAAGACGUGGCACCACAACACAAUGAAGGCCCGGAACGUGAACACACGAUGAUCCGCUUUGAGGAGGACAGUGUGGCAUUCUCUUGCCUCACAGCAGACUGCAAGAAACAAGAUCCUUCAACCCCAAUCACAGGAAGAGGCAGGAGGGAUGCGGCAGACAGCAGAUGAUGGCAGGUGACGGCAGCCUCGUGGUCCUCUUCCCUGUUCCUUGGUGGCGCUGCUUCACUCCUUACCGCCUGGUGUCCCCGCUCGGCUCUUUUCACGACUCGCAACGAGGGAGAAAGGUCGAAGUGCGGUGGUCUCGUGGCGGAAGGCUGAAGGAGGCGGUGAAGGAGUGAAGGUGUGAAGUGUGCAGCUUCCACUUCAUCAUCCCAUGAACAGCCCACAGGAAUCUCUACCAGCACCUGGUUAUUAAACAGUGUUGUCACGCCAGGCCCAAUGUACUCCAUUGCAAUCAGGGAGUCAAGCUUCACCAGGAAAAGAGGCAGAGCGUCACCACCUUCAAGCCCCACAAGAGGUAUUAAGUAUCGUUGGGACAAAGCAAUCAGGGAAGAGUCAAGUUGCAGUAAGAGGAGUGGGUCAAGAAUUUCAAGCGGGAAGAACACGUAAAAUUCCCUUCAAGUCAUGGCGGGACCGACAGGCAAGCUUCAACACUUGUGGAGGCGCGAGAGCUGCAGGCAGUUUCACAAAGAAGAGGUUGCUCCUCACUCAAGUUGACGCAAGGACACAAGAAUUGGCAAGUGUUGUUGCUCCCAGGCCCUGCUGCAAGAGUUCUCCAGUCCACUCCAGUCUGGGAAGGAAGAAUGUAGCAAGUCCCUCUCUUCUGUAUUCAACAACCACCACCACCACCUUCAUUCAGGCUUGGGAUAAGUUUUAUACAUUCCAGCACUUCAGUAAUAAGGAAAAAAAGUGCCAUGUUUAUAUUAUUGUUGUGUAUUUAUUCACUUGACAUUCACAUUAAAACAAUAAACAUUCAGUAUACCAUCUUGAACAUAAUGAUAGUUAUUUAUGCCAUGUCAAUAAUAUCUUUGGCAAAUAGUCUUUCUGGGAGUACAGGUCAUGCCCUCAAGGAAAAAAAAAAAAAAAAAAAAAAAAAAAAAAAAAAAAAAAAAAAAAAAAAAGAAGCCAGGAUUGGCUACUAACCUUUGUUUAAGAUAUCAUUUGCACAUAGAAGCCCCAUCCCAGCCGACACUGGAGUCACU